GCAAGGUGGGUUUCCCUUUGUGUCUGCACGACAACCUGGAGAAAUGAAACAACAUUUUUGCAACAGCAGACGGAAAAUAGACCUGGCUGAUUCCUGUGGAGUCACCAAGGUGUUCACACACAAUCAUAAAUAUACCAGAAUGCCUUAAAGCAGUUUGUUUUAGUAUUCCGUUUAAGUGAAUGUGUGUCUAACGUUGAUGUCGCUCUGUCCAGUACAUAGUCGAUUAUUUUCUUUAAAAACUUAAAAGAUGCAAUUUUUCAAAACCACCAAAGGAUUCACAAAUAUUUGCUUCUUAUCUUAAAAAGCAAAAACAGCUGAUACAGAAGGAAAUUGUUGCACUCACAACUAUAGCAGCAGUUUUAUUGCUCUAAAUCCAAAUACAAUAAGAGUCAGAAAGACAACAACGGUAUAAACUAGGGUAUGCUAGGCGUCUGUGCUUUCAACUUUAGGUCUGUAAACUUAUCUGAGGUAUUAGUUGGGGUUAAUUGUCACUUCAGUAAAGCAUGGCCACAUAAGUUGCUACUAACUUCUCACAAGCAGCCAGCAUGCAGGUCGGGCGCAGGCUUUUGUUCUUUUCAUGUGGCAGCAGCAUCUUCCCACCAAGAACACACCGUGUGCUACUGAAACUGCUGUAUCACUGUUUACUAACAUGCCGAUCCUCAUUGAGACUGACGCUUAUGAAGAAUAAUACAUUUGAUUGUAUUUAAUUGAUUUAAAUAUGAAUUCCUGCUAUGGUUUAGGUUUGAAGUUUUUACAAGGAAGACAGAACAAGUAAGGUAAAAAAAAUUAAUGAAUAAAAAAUACUUUAUUAGUGCCAUCAGGGAAAAUAGUAAAGUAUGUUACUUGUGUAAUAUAAAUCAUAUUACACAGUAUGUUACCUGCGCAAAAGGACUUGUGUAAAAAAAAUGGCUAAGCAGGUGAUGCGUGCUCAUGGCUGCUUAAGUUUUCCUUUCGUAGAACUUGUAAAAAAGGGUCUUUCUGAAGAUGACUUUGUAACCAGGAACAGGUCAGCUUUAACCUCAAACUUCCUUUUAAUUUCAGACUCAGCUACACUUGUUCAUAUGCAACACAGUUAAACCAGCAUGCACAAAUAACCCAAAAAUGCAUGAGGCAGGAAAGUUAAAGCGUAGCAAAGCCACCAGUGGUACAGAACUAGAUUGAAGGCUUUAAGUGAUUUUUUUUUUUUUUUGGGUUUGCAUAAAUUAGUUAAAGUGACAUGCAUUCUUUAGGGCAGGCGUGGGAGGGAAUUGUGGGUGGUGAAAGCCUUAACAGCUGAAGGCUGAUUCUGUUAAGUACACACCUCCUCUGUCUAGAGCAUAUAGAUGCACACACAGUUUGUCUAACAGAAGGACUUAAACCAUGAGCUGUGACCAGAGCUACCCGUUUCCACAGGUGUUUCUCGUGGAUGGAGGCGGAGGCCACCCAACGCAGCCUCCAAACCUGGUACCCUGCUGGUCCUUCCCUCCUGCCCAGGAGAGAAUGAGGAGCCGUGGGAAGAGCCGGGGCUGCAUGGGUAUCAGCCCCAGUCUGGCCAUGGUUGUGCUGUUGCUGUUCCUGCUUGUGUUUGCAGCCCUGGGGUUUGAAGCCUAUCAGAUUUUGGACAUACAGAAAAAAAUGAAAGCCAUUGAAAAGGUUGAACUCGAACAUGUGACGGAGUACAGAGCCCCUCUGAAACAAAUUGGUUCCCUUGAAAUAAAGUCAAAGGAAGAAGACAUGAGCAGCAGACCUGCAGCACACGUGAUUGGGCGCAUUGAAAUAUCAGAUUUCCGAAAGACUCUGCGAUGGAAUUCAAAGACAGGUCAGGCCUUCACCUCUGGAGGGGUGGCUUACCGGAUGGAAGAUGGCAGUCUGCAGGUCAAUGAGACCGGACUGUACCACGUUUACUCACGUGUGGAGCUGAUCUUUAAGGAUUGCUCCAUCUCUUCCUCCUUUGAUCACUCUGUGUUUGUGAGGAGAGCAGGAAACCCACCCCUGACUCUGAUGGAGACCCACAGGGCAGGGUUCUGCCCUCCGCAGCCCACCCACUCCUGGACCACAGAGAGUUACCUCGGCUCCACCCUGCAACUGAUGAAAAACGACAAAGUUUUUGUGAAUGUGUCUCACCCAUCUCAUCUUAGUCAUUUACACCACGCCAACUUCUUUGGCCUCUAUAAGAUCUAAAGAGCUUGUAGUAAUUUGACUCCAGGUGCAGAUUGUAAGCUGUUCAGAUUGUCUCAAACAGAAAUGAAACUUACUCAUCACUUUACAUAAAUGAUGUAUUGAAUAUCAUUUCCUGAAUGUAUAUCCAACUGCUCUGAAUACCGUUCGAUAUCAGGUUCUUUCAUGUAAAACCUCAGAGAAAAUAUUCCAUAUUUUCUUGAUCUGCAACUUAAAGAUUGUGAACUAAAAAGCACUUACAGAGGCAGUAAAAUCCAUUUCGACACAUAUGCAGAACACAAAUAUUGUGCCUUUUAUUGAUGACAUAGGAGUGAGUUAACACUAAGGUGCUUAUUUAGUUUGUAGCCAUUUAAAAUAUUUAUUUUGGUGUGGACUGACACCAUAUCUAGAUGUGUGUUUAUAUAAAAAUAAAAAGUUUUUUGUUAGGGUUGUUUUUAAAAGAAAUAAAGAGAUCAUUUAUGCAGAUUUAUGUGUCAUGACAAAAAUAAAUGUUCCUUUCUACAUGCAA